AUGUGCAGAGAUUGGGCACCACGAGGCCUUGAAACUAAGGCUUUUCUGAGUACACUUACGGGGGCAGCUUUCUCAUGGUAUGUAAGCUUCUGCAAAACUCCGUCCCGAAUUAGCAAGUUAUGGAGCAAGUCUUCCAUGAGCAUUCUAUCGAUCGAAGCCGGAAGUCUCGAUGACCGUGUUGGAUCGUCGCAAAUCUCGCGGCCUGGUGCUCCGGGCCGAGGGGGAUGUGCGUCAACACGUGACGUCCUUCUUUUGGAUGCGGUGCGGUUGUGCGCGGGCGUGCCAGCACGGUCUAACGUGCGUUGA